GGCGGCGGCGGCGGCGGCGCUGCUGGGGGGGACGUGAACGCGGGGAUCAUGGACGAGCGGGUGCUGGUGCUGGUGUUCCGGUCGCUGAACUUCGACCCGCGCGCGGUGGGCGUCGCGGCGUGCGUGAGCCGCCGCCUGCGCGCGGUGGCGGAGCGCGUGCUGUGGCGGGAGCUGUGCAUCUCGCGCGCCCCGCGCAUGGUCGCCGCGCUGACGGACGGGCUCUCCCCGGCCGGCCGCGUCGGCGGGGGCUGGCACGCGCUCGCGAAGCUCCUCUUCUUCUGCUGCGGCUGCGCCCCCUCCCGCUUCUUCGCGCUCGCCGCGCCGCUGCCGGGCCACUUCGCCCCGGAGUCCCGCUUCUCCAAGACCUCCGGCCGCAGCUUCCUGGCGCGCCGCUGCUGGGGCGACCUGCUGUACGUCAGCGACCCCUGCGAGCACCCGGCCGGAGGAGGAGGAGGAGGAGCCGGGGCGGCGGCCGGCGAGGACCUGGGGUCGUUCCGGGGGGUGUUCCGGGGGUUCGUGCGGUCGCGCACGCGGGCGUGGCUGGUCGGGCGGCAGGCCGAGCUGGAGGCGCGCGUGCGCUGCCCCUACUGCGGGGCGCGCGUCUGGAGCAUGACGGCCGCCGGCCUCGUCCCGCGCAGCGCGCCCCGCCGCCUCGGCUCGCGCGACGGCGGCGGCGGCCUCGAGUACUUCGUCUGCGUCAACGGACACCUCCACGGCUGCUGCUGGCUCGCCCACCUCUCCGACGACGACGACGAUAACAACGACGACGACGACGGCGACGACAUCGGCGACAUCGAUGAGAGCGGCGUUGCGUGGUGAUUGAUUGCAGUAGGAAAUUUUGCAGCUGAUCAAUUGCUCUGUUUGGUUGAUUCUUGCAGAGGCGGCGCCAAAUUGGUACUAGUUCUUUUUCUUUUUUCUUUUUGGGUGCUCUUUUUUUUUUUUUUUUUUUUUUUUUUUUUUUUUUUGGGGUUUGCGUCUGCUGUGAGCUCUCUCUGUUUUGCUUUAGAUGGAAUAAAACCAUUUGGUAAUUGCGCUCA